ACAAAGAAAUACAAUGCCUUUUGAUUGUUCUCAUCGACUGCAGGUUAUUCAGAACCACUUGGAAAACGAUAGAAAGGCAUCAUCUCUGCUUCUGUCAAAAGUAAUGUCAGGCAAUCCUCUGACAAGUCAUGUGCUGGACACUGCCAUGGGAAAGCCAGCAGCUAAUAUGAAGAUCUCUCUGCAUAGGCUACAAGACGGUGUUUGGCAGGAAGUUGCAACCAGAGUUACAAAUAAUGAUGGACGCGCUGGACAAUUUCUUACACUGGAAGCCUUUGUACAAGGAACCUACAAGAUGUUUUUUGAUACUGAAAAUUAUUUCAAACAGUUAGGAACAAAUGGAUUUUAUCCAUAUGUUGAGAUUGUCUUUGUUAUUGAGAGGCCAGAGGAACACUACCACAUCCCCCUUCUCCUCAGUCCCUACGGUUACACUACUUAUCGUGGUAGUUAAAUGUUUCCGAGUAUAUUCUAUUUGUUUUUUGGCUCGGUUUGGGGGUUACAUCAGAUCGAAAGUUAGAAAAAGAAAAAAAAGUUACUUCUCAUUCACAUCAGGUUGUAGCAUCAACAGUAAGAAUGAUCUGCUGAGGUAUUUUUGUCUUGUCUCAAAAUUGCAUUUUAUAAUGAUCUUGUAUUCGAGGCAGAAGAAAGGAAAAAAUUUUUUUUAAACAUUCAUACGGAUUGUCAAGUUAACAAUACUUGUCCUUAUAAAUAACAGCAAUAACAACAGCAGCAAAAAAAAAUCUUCAACAAAUAUUGUGCUGUUGAUUUAUAUAUAUAUUUUUUACCAGUUACAAUAUUAUAUAUAGAUUAAUAUCAUAUACUGUUUAUUACCAUAUACAGUGUAUUGUAUACACUAGGUCCUAAAUAAAAUAAAUAUUUCUUAUUUUAAUAUAAAUAAGUAGGAUAACUGUCAUAAAAACUUUUUUGAUAGUAUACAUUAUAGAUAAUAUAACUACUUUUGCAUAUAGUAUUAUGACUAUAAUAUUUAAAGGGGUGGACCGGUAAGCCAGUGGAAGGCCUCGGUCAGAUGACCAAAAGCUCUAGUGGCAGGUUAUCAUAUGACUAAGACCCGAGUCGGGAAACACUUGUCUGUUUCCCGGCAAACUUACCUAACCUAACCUAACCUAACCUAACCUAACCUAACCUAACCUAACCUAACCUAACAUAAACUACUUCGCAUAACAGACAUGGUAGGCCUAUAACAGACAUGGUAGGCCUAUAACCAAUUAAGGAUACGACAGCUUAUUUACAUUGUAAGAUUAAAUCCUUGACUCAUGGCACUGUACUGUGCUAUCAUCUUGGCGUUUCUUAUAUUAAUACACUGCUGACUUACUGAUAAAGGAUAGAUCCAACAAACUAUGGCUACACAAAACAAAGUAAUAGUACUAUAUCCCAAUAACACAAAGGAGGGGUAAUAUCAAGUACAAGGCCAAGAGAAGUACUAUACCUGCCAGUUCUCAAGCGUCUGGGGUGUACGUCACUAUUUUCAGUUGAACGGAUCUAAAACAUAACGAAGUUGUAGGAAUUAUCUGAAUGUGCAAAGUUUGAAUUACAAAUUAAGUAAGCAAUGACUCAUGAAAUCGUAAUAAUACUCUUGCACACAAACCAUGGAACGGGUGAGGUUUGAACCAAUAGCGAAUGAGGCGUAAAACUCCAGGCCAGUGCGCAAGCCACUCGGCUUAUGCACUGACCUGUUUUGUGCAGCCAUAGUUUUUAUGGUUGUACUAUAGUUUUAUCUCUGUUGGACUCUUCCUCGUGGCUCUGCUUCAGAUCGGUGAAAUUCAAAUAGAUUUUCUGUCAUUUCCCCGUCUUGUAUUAUUAAAUGAAGCUUUAGCGACUUUGAAGAACUUCUACGACUAUUUUGACUUUUUCUGGAGCCGUGCAGUCUGGAGUUAGGAUUUAUAGGAGGGUUUAGUCUCUAUUUUCUAUGCCCAUUUGUUGGGUUUCAGUCUUUCGUUUUUAAUAAGGCCUGCUUUUAAUUUCCUUCUUCUAAAUAUAUUUUAGAUAGGGCUAGUCUAUGAGAUGAGCUGAGAUUAGAUAAUAGCUUCUUUUCCUGUAAACUAAUCCGUGAAGGAAAAAAAAUAGAUACGUAUUAUUAAUACGCAUAUUAAUAUUCAAAGAGGGGAAUGUAUGAGAAUAUAGUUAUACCAGUGCUCUUAUAUGGGCGUGAAACAUGGGUGGUGAAUGCUGCAACAAGGAGAAGGCUGGAGGCAGUGGAGAUGUCAUGUCUGAGGGCAAUGUGUGGUGCGAAUACAACACAGAGAAUUCAUAGUUGGGAAAUUAGGAUGAGGUGUGGGAUUACCAAAACUAUUAUCCUGAGGGCUGAGGAAGGGCUGUUGAGAUGGUUUGGAAAUGUAGAGAGGAUGGAAGGAAAUAGAAUGACUUCGAGAGUGUAUAAAUCUGUAGUAGAGGGAAGGCGGGGUAGGGAUCGGCCUAGGAUAGGCUGGAGGAAGGGGGCAAAGGAGGUUUUGUGUGCGAGGGUCUUCGACUUUCAGCAAGAAUGCGUGAGUGUGUUAGGAGCGAAUGGAGACAAAUGGUUUUUAGGACUUGACGUGCUGUUUGGGUGUAAGCAAGGUAACAUUUAUGAAGGGAUUCAGGGAAACCGGCAGGCCGGACUUGAGUCUUGGAGAUGGGAAGUACAGUGUUUACACUCAGAAGGAGGGGUGUUAAUGUUGCAGUUUUAUAAAUGUAGUGUAAGCGCUCCUCUGGCAAGACAGUGAAGCAAUGAAUGAUGAUGAAAGUUGUACUUUUUCAGGCCACCCUGCCUUUGUGAGAGACGUCCGAUAUGUUAUUAAAAAAAUAAAAUUAAUAUUCAUCAAUA